AUGGCUUCCAAAAUCACGACGAAACCUUCUAAGGAUCAGAACACUCGGUCGUCUGGUGGGAAAUUCCCCAAAGACUGGCCAUCCAGCACUCCGUAUCUACACGCUCAGAGCUAUUCCAAAGCACUCGCCAAAGAGGCACUCAACUCACUGAUUCUUCCCAAAUCUGACCUUCCGGUCAAUGAGCAGCUUCGCAUAUCUACAGCUCCCUACACUAACGUUAGGAUAACAAAGAUAUCGAAUCCGUCUCAUCCUGCCCAUGGCCAAAGUUAUGUUCAUGAUGCCAAUGAUUUAGAUGAGAAGUCCGACUACGAUCUCUCACUCGACCGAGACUUCGGAGUAGGCGUAGAUGCCUCUAACAUGGGCAACGAGGCUCGCUUCAUCAACGAUUACCGUGGGGUAUCUACAGGGCCCAACGCUGAGUUUAGGGAUGUCUACUUUGACAUCGGUGGUGGGAAGAUUGAGAAAAGGAUAGGUGUAUUUGUCCUCACCGCUGGCAAGAGUGGGAAACGAGCUAAAGGGGUCCCGAAAGGCCAGGAGAUACUGAUCAGCUAUGGGAAAGGAUUCUGGACUGAGCGGAUGAAGACUGAAGAUGUCUGACUGUUUCAUCACAGCCUGAUAUUAGUUAUCGGUCCACACGAUUGGGUUUACUCGCUUCGGUGCAUACCGUCCAGGGAGCGUAAUGGACAGUGUCGC